UUUCAGACCACCUUUACCUCUGUAUAAGAAUCUAAGCAGGAGAGACAGAACUACUAUGCUUACAUAACAAGCACACAGUAUUUUACUGAUAUUUCUGCACACCGCUGAAAACAUGGGACGAAAAGUGACUUUGGCGACGUGCUCUUUAAACCAGUGGGCUUUGGACUUUGACGGAAACUUAAAUAGAAUCCUGAAAAGUAUUGAGGUUGCAAAGUCGCAUGGAGCCAAAUACCGACUGGGACCAGAGCUGGAGAUAUGUGGUUAUGGCUGUGCUGACCACUUCUUCGAGUCGGACACGCUGCUGCACAGUUUCCAGGUCCUGCAGCAGCUUCUGGAAUCUCCCAUCACUCAGGACAUUAUCUGUGACGUGGGAAUGCCUGUCAUGCAUCACAACGUUCGCUACAACUGCAGGGUCCUCUUUCUCAACAGAAAGAUUCUCCUGAUCAGACCUAAAAUGACAAUGGCCAACCACGGGAACUACAGGGAGCUGCGCUGGUUCUCACCCUGGAACCAGCCGAGGAAGGUGGAGGAAUAUUUCCUGCCCAGGAUGAUCCAGGAGGUCACCAGCCAGGAAACCGUCCCAUUUGGUGACUGUGUGCUCUCCACCAAGGACACCUGUAUUGGGACUGAGAUGUGUGAAGAGCUGUGGCAAGCUAGAAGCCCUCAUACUGAAAUGGGUCUGGAUGGUGUUGAAAUCUUUACAAAUUCCUCAGCCUCUCACCACGAGCUCUGCAAAGCUGACCAGAGAGUCAACUUGAUCAAGUCAGCCACAAGCAAAGUCGGUGGGAUCUACCUGUACGCCAACCAGAAAGGCUGUGAUGGAGACCGUGUCUAUUACGACGGCUGUUCCAUGGUGGCCGUCAACGGUGACAUUGUGGCCCAAGGAGCUCAGUUCUCGCUUGAUGAUGUGGAGGUGAUCACGGCCACAUUAGACCUGGAGGAUGUUCGCAGCUACAGAGGAGAAGCAUGUCAACCUCACCUGGAACUUGAACCCAAACCAUGCCACAGGGUCAAAGUUGACUUCUCCCUGUCCACUGACAAUGACCUCUGCCUUCCUACACACCAACCAUUGGACUGGUGUUUUCACAGUCCAGAGGAAGAGAUCAGUUUAGGGCCGGCCUGCUGGCUCUGGGAUUACCUGAGGAGAAGUGGAAUGGCUGGUUUUCUGUUGCCCCUGAGUGGAGGCGUCGACAGUUCCUCCACCGCCUGUAUUGUCUACUCUAUGUGUUCGCUGGUCUGUAAGGCUGUGAAGGAUGACAACAACCAGGUUCUGCAGGACGUCCGCAGAGUGGUUGGCGAUGACUCCUACCUUCCCCAAGAUCCCAGAGAGCUGUGUGGACGCGUCUUCACUACCUACUACAUGGGCAGUAAGAACUCCUCUGAGGAAACCUGCAGCAGGGCCAGAGACCUGGCACAGCAGAUAGGGAGCAACCACAUGAAUGCAAACAUAGACAUGGCAGUGAAUGGAAUUCUGGGAGUUUUCUCAGCAGUUACCGGAAAGUUACCUCAAUUUCGUGCUCACGGGGGAAGUCAGAGAGAAAACCUGGCUCUGCAGAAUGUUCAGGCCCGCGUCAGGAUGGUUCUGGCUUAUCUGUUUGCCCAACUGAGUCAGUGGGCCAGAGGGAAACCUGGUGGGCUACUGGUGCUAGGCUCUGCCAAUGUGGAUGAGAGUUUGACAGGUUACUUCACCAAGUACGACUGCUCCAGUGCUGACAUCAACCCAAUUGGAGGCAUCAGCAAAACUGCCCUAAAACGUUUCCUGCUUUACUGUGUGGAGCACUUUCAGCUCACUGCUCUCAGAGGAAUCCUGUCGGCUCCACCUACAGCUGAACUGGAGCCACUGACAGACGGACAGGUGUCACAGACUGAUGAGGCCGACAUGGGGAUGACCUACUCAGAGUUAUCUGUGAUUGGCAAACUGAGGAAGAUCACCAAGUGUGGACCCUUCAGUAUGUUCUGCAAACUCAUUUAUAUGUGGAAGGAUUCUCUUUCAACCACACAGGUUGCCCAGAAGGUGAAGCACUUCUUCAGGAUGUACUCAGUGAAUCGUCACAAGAUGACCACAGUGACACCUGCCUACCACGCUGAGAGCUACAGUCCUGACGACAACCGCUUCGACCUCAGACCUUUCCUCUAUAACACACGCUGGACCUGGCAGUUCAGGUGCAUCGACAACCAGCUGUCUCAGAUGCAGGAAGAAAACUAAGUGGCGAUGUUUUUGACUUGUCCACGGGAAAUCCAGAACUGGAACACAUCAGUCAUUAUGUGAGGCAUUUAUGCUGUGUCUUUUUAAAUUCACUACAGUCGGACCAAAGACUUCUAGAAGAUCUGGUGUAUUUUAAUAUUAUACAUCUGAUUAAUAAUAUAAAAUAUCUGUAUGUUGCUUUGAUUUUAUAAAUGUUGGAUUUAUAUUGUAAAUCUUCUUUGAACCUGUACCUACUGUUGUGUUUUUAACAGUCAGCACCUUACCUCAUACAACUUCAUUCUCAGGUUCACAAGGACAAGUCUGAAGUCUUUAGUUCUUUUGUUUUUUUUAAAGCAUCCAUGACUGUUGGCCAGUGGCCAGUGUUUGACACUGAUAAUCAGAAUGAGUGACUGUGUCGAAUUAAAGAGCCUGUGUAAACAGA